GUGGAUCACAGGGAGGUGUUGGUCAUCCAAGAAGUCAUUAUGGCAUCCAUCAAAGAAGAAAGUUCCAUUAAGGUUUUUGGAGGAUGGCAGAAAGUUUUCUCCCAUGAUAGCAAGGAGCUUGGAUGUUGCAUGAAGUUUGGAGUGUUCAUUCCCCCACAAGCAGAAUCAGGACCAGUACCAGUGGUAUAUUGGUUGUCUGGGCUGACUUGCAAUGAACAAAACUUUAUCACCAAAGCUGGGUCUCAGCAGCAUGCUGCCAAGUAUGGUUUUUUGGUGGUGGCUCCUGAUACAAGUCCUAGGGGAUGUAACAUUGAAGGAGAAGAGGAGAGCUGGGACUUUGGUACUGGUGCUGGCUUCUACAUUGAUGCCACCGAGGAGAAAUGGAAAAAGAACUAUCGCAUGUAUUCCUAUAUCACCAAAGAACUCCCUGAUGUUAUUGCUGCUAACUUCAAGAUAGAAAGUGACAAAGCUAGCAUAAUGGGACACAGCAUGGGAGGUCAUGGAGCUCUGAUAUGUGCCUUAAAGAACCCAGGCCAGUACAAAUCUGUAUCAGCCUUUUCCCCAAUCUGCAAUCCUAUUAAUUGUCCUUGGGGAGUUAAAGCUUUCACUGGUUACCUUGGUGCUGAGAACAAGGAUGCUUGGAAAGAGUAUGAUGCCUGUGAGCUUGCCAAAAAGUACAGUGGUCCUCCCCUGGAGAUCUUUGUGGAUCAGGGUAAGUCAGAUAACUUCCUUUCACAAGGUCAGCUGCUUCCAGACAAUUUAGUAGGCGCAUGUGCUGCUGGGGGAGUGCAAAUAGUCCUGCGUAUGCAAGAGGACUAUGACCAUUCGUAUUACUUCAUCUCGACCUUUAUGGGAGAACAUUUUGAUCAUCAUGCAAAAUUCCUAAAGGCAUGAGUUCAGAGUAUUUCAUCACAAACACAUUGAAUAGAAACCUAAAGGAAAUGACAUAUUUUGAAAUAUUUGCAUUUAGUUACAAAUUUUGUUUCAUUACUGAAUAAAAUGUACACCAGA